AUGACGACGCGAUACCGUGUAGAGUAUGCUCUCAAAACCCAUCGUCGUGAUCAAUUCAUAGAAUGGGUUAAAGGCUUGCUUGCUGUGCCUUUUGUGCUUCAUUCCCAGCCAACUGGCGUCUUCGAAACGAGAAGUAAUUCGGUACAACAGAUGGCGGCGGAGGCACACCGUCGAUAUAAAGAAAUCAUGCGAGAUGUGGAAGGGAUGAUUGACGACCACAUUGAGCAUCAGAAGGACAAUACUCAUGGCCAAUCGAAGCUCAAAUUACUAGUGCCAACUAUUGGCACCUUUUUCACACGUCUACCUCUUGCAGACGCUUUUGAGUACCAGGAUAAAAAGAGAUUCAUCUCCUCAAGAAGAUUUGUACCCCCGUCUUUCAACGAUGUUCGCUUGAUCUUGAAUACUGCUCAGCUUAUGGGCUUAACUGCAACUGGUAGUCUUGACCUUGCUACUUUCGAUGGAGAUGUUACUCUCUAUGAUGACGGGCAGAGUUUAUUACCCUCUAAUCCUGUUAUUCAGAGGAUCAUCGAUCUCAUGAGCAACGACACAAAAAUUGGUAUUGUUACGGCGGCAGGAUAUACUGAAGCGGAAAAAUACCAUGGGAGAUUACAUGGACUCCUUACAGCAGUCAAUACAUCUACUGUGCUUACAGAGCAACAGAAAAAUAAUCUGAUAAUUAUGGGCGGCGAGUCGAACUUCCUUUUCACAUUUGAUUCAAGCUCUCCAUACCUUCUUUCCCAUCUCCCACGACGAGAGUGGAUCCUACCAACCAUGAAGACCUCCUGGUUACAACCAACCAUCACUGAACUCCUCGACGUAGCCGAAUCCUCGCUCCGCGAAUGCGUUCAAAAUCUAUCCUUAGCAGCCACAGUCCUGCGAAAAGAACGAGCCGUAGGUAUCAUCCCCACCGUCCCCGACUACAAGUUCCCCCGCGAGAGUCUCGAAGAAACAGUCUUAGUCGUGCAGAAGAAACUCGAAAUGAGUGAAGUCGGGCGACUCCUACCCUUCUGCGCUUUCAACGGUGGAAACGACGUAUUCGUUGAUAUUGGGGAUAAAUCGUGGGGUGUACUCGUUUGUCAGAACUUUUUCGGGAGUCGUGGGAAAGCGACUGGUGAGGUCGAUGAAGAAACGGAGGCUAUUCUGGGCGAGCGCACGCUUCAUGUCGGUGACCAGUUUUUGAGCGCUGGGAGUAAUGAUUUUAAGGCGAGGGUAGUGGGUACUACUGCGUGGAUUGCUAAUCCGACCGAGACCGUGGAGCUUUUGGAUGAGUUGGUGGGACUUAUUGGGAUGAAGAGGAAGGAGUGA